AUCAUAAACAAGAUAGCAUCACAUGAGGAUUCUGUCAGUGCAGCAGUUGAUGUGGCCAGGGAAGUUCACAGGAGAGAUCUUGUGACCGAAGAAACUGGUGAAACGAUUCAACGAGAAACAAAGGCGCUAGAGGAUAGGCUAGAGGGAUUGAUAGGAGAUGCAGAAAAGAGGAAACAAAGGUAUCUUCCCCCAAAACAAUUUGAAAUGCAAUUAUAGUGAUCAGUUGUUCAAACCUGGGCUAUAUUUACUUCCUUUUGAAAAAACUGUUUUAACUAUUCAAAAGGCCCUUAGAGCCUUGUCCAAGUUCCGACAAGGAGUUAAUAGCUUAAUUACCAUAUCAUUCUUAAGUCAGUGCCACCAAUGGCAUUGCUACUCCACUCCAUAUAUAAACCAACAAUCCUUUGAUUUGCUAUAGUGAAAUGCUGGACCUUGAAACAUCACCUUUUCGAUCUUUUCGAUCAUAAUGCAGGUUGUACAUUUUUACUCUUGGAAAAACAUGAUCCUAAAAAUACAAGAAAAAAGUUAAAUCUCCAGCUCUUUAAAAAUUGUUGAAAUUUGGCCUUACCCUUCCGUAACAGAAGUGGUUAGAUUUAAAGAUGGUCCAUAAAAGUGGACAAUAAAAUUAACAAGUUUAUAUGCCCGUGGCAUGAAAGAAUUUCACCCUACCCGCUGUUUGGGCCAGNUACUCUACCCUGACAUUGCUAGAACAUCAUAAACAAGAUAGCAUCACAUGAGGAUUCUGUCAGUGCAGCAGUUGAUGUGGCCAGGGAAGUUCACAGGAGAGAUCUUGUGACCGAAGAAACUGGUGAAACGAUUCAACGAGAAACAAAGGCGCUAGAGGAUAGGCUAGAGGGAUUGAUAGGAGAUGCAGAAAAGAGGAAACAAAGGUAUCUUCCCCCAAAACAAUUUGAAAUGCAAUUAUAGUGAUCAGUUGUUCAAACCUGGGCUAUAUUUACUUCCUUUUGAAAAAACUGUUUUAACUAUUCAAAAGGCCCUUAGAGCCUUGUCCAAGUUCCGACAAGGAGUUAAUAGCUUAAUUACCAUAUCAUUCUUAAGUCAGUGCCACCAAUGGCAUUGCUACUCCACUCCAUAUAUAAACCAACAAUCCUUUGAUUUGCUAUAGUGAAAUGCUGGACCUUGAAACAUCACCUUUUCGAUCUUUUCGAUCAUAAUGCAGGUUGUACAUUUUUACUCUUGGAAAAACAUGAUCCUAAAAAUACAAGAAAAAAGUUAAAUCUCCAGCUCUUUAAAAAUUGUUGAAAUUUGGCCUUACCCUUCCGUAACAGAAGUGGUUAGAUUUAAAGAUGGUCCAUAAAAGUGGACAAUAAAAUUAACAAGUUUAUAUGCCCGUGGCAUGAAAGAAUUUCACCCUACCCGCUGUUUGGGCCAGGCUAGGCCAUCACGUUUCAAUAUUUCCCAUUAAGUCCUUCAGGAAUAUUUUAAAGUAUUGUUAUUUCGGUUUUAAUUUCAAUCUUCUGUUAGGAUUGCUGAAGCAUUGCGAAACGCUGAGCAAACUACUACGGUUAAUGAGACGAUGGUGGCUUCUAGUGUGAUUGCUGUUCAUUCAAGUCCUGACGAACCUCAUGACGAUUCACAAAGUGAUGAAGGAUUUGUGGAACCAAAACAUCAUUUCUUCAAAAAGAAACCAACUUACGAGGUUGGUAAAGCGACUUUUCAAACUCCAUGA